AUGUAUGACUAGAUUAAAUAAGAGGAGUUAUUCUAAAAACACAAAUUUAAGUAUCAGAAAAUUAUUGAAGAAAACAUUUCCUUAAAAUAGGAGAUCUUGCAUUUAAAGUAAUAAGUUGAAGAAAUCACACAAAAAAUGACUGAAAAAAUAAAUUUUAUAAAAUAGACUGAAUAAUCAUUAUCAAAAUAAGCAUAUGAUCAAUAUGAAAUUACGAUUUAAAGAUAAUUGUCAAUAAUAGAAUAGCUGAUUUUAGAUAAGAAAGAAUUAUAAUAAGAACAACUUAAUUUAACCAACGAGAUCAAGACAUUAUAAUAAUCUCAUUCGUAAGAGAUGGAAAAAUUAUAAUAUCAAUUCUAGUAAGAAAAAUAAUAAAUUGCAUAGAAGGAGAAAGCAUCAAGAAUGUAGUGGGAGAAAAAUAAAACCUAAGAAAUACGAUAAUUGACAGUUCUUGGACUUGAACCAGAAAUACAAAAAAUAAUCAAAAAGUACUAAGAAGAAAUAGCUUCACUUAGGUUGUAAUUAGAAAAAUGA